AUGGAUCAACGCAGCCUCCGCACCAAUGUGGACUUGAUGAUCCUGGACUACCUGCUGGCCCUGUCCAUCAGUGGCAUGGUCGCAAUCAUCAACAAGGAAAAGACCCCCGACGAGGUGAACUGGCUGGUCGAGGCGGCCCAAAACUUCUGCGGACUGAUUGCCGUGCAUCAGGUGGAAUCCCCACUGCCCUGGGAUCUGGAUAUUAAGAUACGUAUCUUCCACCUGGUCAAUCUCUUUCGCGCCUGGGAACCCCCCAAGGAUUGCACCCUUGACACCUUUGUCCCUCUAUCUGAAGUUGCAAUGCAAUUCAUGGACCUCUGUCAACAGGCAAGCGAAACAGUCUCCUGGAAUCGCUGGUUUGAUCUCGGGGCCCGUUUCAUGACCCACGCAAUCCUGGAAGAGAGCACACGCUUGCCAGAGCCCCUGGACAGAUUGCGCCAGUGGGAAACCAAAAAUAAUCUCAUUGACGCCCACUGGGAGGUCAGUCGCACGUUCUUCUUGGGGCAUAUCCCUCCCCCAUACGGCACUGCAGGUCCAGCGACCCGAGAAGAACUCGAUGGACUUUUCCCUCUUUCGGAGCUUGAAUCUGAAUUCACCGGCUUUGUGGACGAUUUUAUGGAUGUACUUGACGCACCACUCUUACUUCAACUGGAACAGGGCCACUUGGAAGGUCUAACUCGCGAGGACACAUGUCGCAUCCGUGAUCAUUGCACGCGUACACUGUAA